AUGGUACCAUCUAACAAACGAUAAGAAGCUUUUCUAAACGGUUAAAACAUAUACUACUACGGCUCUUAUCCGAUAAAUACAUUUGAACACAUAUAUGUGUUGCCGGGAGCGAAAGGGUUAACUAUUAAGUUAAAAAGAAAAGAAAUUAUAUCCAACUUUCCGUGUUUCUAUUUAGGCAAUCAACAAGGUUUAAACAAUAUGAAUACAACAAUGAAUACAUCAUUAGCACCAAUCACAAGUAUGAAUAAUCUAGAAAUACCAAAUAAUAAAAACAAAUCUUUAAUUGCCCACAAAUCUGUAUCUUUCAUUAAAGAGUUUGAUUGUCAAUGAGUACAUUCUCUAAAUUUGUUAUAUAAUUUACAUCAAUUUUAAACAAUAGAAAAUAAAAAAAAUACAAUUUUACUCUAGAUGAUCAAUCAGUUUUGAUCAGUAUUUCACAAAUUAGUAGUAAUAUCAUAUAUUUGUGAGUAUUUCUUUUUUUUAGUACUCGUCGAUAAACAAAUCAGUAAAUUAAAUUAUUCUUUUUUUUAAUUAUAAACUAUUAUUUUUAUAUUUACUUAUUGAUCAAAGUCUUCUUUUAAAAAAAUUAGUAUGUCAAUAUUUUUGCUAUUAUCAAAUAAUUCUACUCCCUAUUAAAUUAUUACAAUAAUUUAAAUUUCUAAUUCUAUUUUUUUUAACAUAUAAAUAUAUAUUAUCAUAAUUAAGAUGGAAAAUACGUGCUGUCGUUACUUAUGAAUAUCCAAAACGAACAUUCAUGUAUAUACAUGGUAAUGGAGAAGUAUCUAUUUGGGAUUUAAAUGAUUUAUCUGGAUCGACAAAUUUGGUUGCUUUCAAUCUUAAUUAG